GCUGCAAACACCAGCAAAAGAUCACUAAAGAAACCGGUGCCGUUUGAAAUGGCGACGAGAAUGGAUCUGGACGGGAAACCAAUAAAGCCGAUAACGAUAUGCAUGAUUGGAGCCGGAGGCUUCAUAGGCUCUCACCUCUGCGAGAAGCUGAUGGCUGAGACGCCGCACAAGGUGCUCGCCUUAGAUGUUUACAAUGACAAGAUCAAGCACCUCCUCGAGCCUGACUCUCUCCCUUGGGCUGACCGUAUCCAGUUCCACCGACUUAACAUCAAGCACGAUUCUAGGCUCGAAGGUCUUAUCAAGAUGGCAGAUCUCACCAUAAAUCUUGCGGCGAUCUGUACUCCGGCAGAUUAUAAUACGCGUCCGCUCGACACAAUUUACAGCAACUUCAUUGAUGCACUUCCUGUGGUGAAGUACUGUUCAGAGAACAACAAGCGUCUCAUUCACUUCUCUACUUGUGAAGUGUAUGGAAAAACCAUUGGAAGCUUUCUUCCUAAAGAUUCUCCUCUCCGUCAGGAUCCUGCCUACUAUGUUCUUAAGGAAGAUGAAUCACCCUGCAUUUUUGGCUCAAUCGAGAAGCAGAGGUGGUCAUAUGCAUGUGCUAAGCAAUUGAUUGAGAGGCUCAUUUAUGCUGAGGGGGCAGAGAAUGGCCUUGAGUUCACCAUUGUGAGACCUUUUAACUGGAUUGGACCUAGGAUGGAUUUCAUCCCUGGCAUUGAUGGUCCGAGUGAGGGUGUUCCAAGAGUUCUGGCGUGCUUUAGUAAUAAUCUCCUACGCCGUGAGCCACUUAAGCUUGUGGACGGUGGCCAAUCUCAGAGAACUUUUGUUUACAUAAAGGAUGCUAUUGAAGCUGUCCUCUUGAUGACUGAAAACCCAGACAGGGCUAAUGGACAUAUUUUCAAUGUGGGCAAUCCAAACAAUGAAGUUACAGUUAGGCAACUUGCUGAAAUGAUGACCGAGGUCUAUACCAAGGUUAGUGGAGAACCUUCUCUGGAGGUGCCAACAAUUGACAUCAGCUCCAAAGAAUUUUAUGGCGAGGGAUAUGAUGAUAGUGACAAGAGAAUUCCAGACAUGACCAUAAUAAAUAGACAACUUGGUUGGAACCCCAAGACAUCCCUUUGGGACUUGCUUGAAUCGACCCUUACCUACCAACACAGGACCUAUGCUGAAGCUAUUAAGAAGUCCAUCGCAAAACCGACAGCAUCCUAAAUGAUGAGAUGUUCAGACCACGCCUAAGAAAGGACUCAUAAGAACGUGCUUGUUAGCAAAUGUUUCAAUUCUUUUUUUUUUUUUGGGAAGGAAGUCUUAAGUAUAUUUUAAUUGUUGAUUUUCCUUAUAUGCUAAAGUUUUUUGGUCUUCCCUGUGUCAGUAGUCAAUAGCUCACUGUAGCUCAGGCAGCUAUGUUCUCGGUAUGGUACUAUGUGAAGACAUUAGAUUCUACUAGGAAAGGUAUUGUGCUAGUAUUAAUAUUCCUUUAGAGCUUUGGGCUACAGCAUGUUGGGGUUAUUAUACGAGGAAAGGAAAUUAGUUAUUGUUUUCUUGGGGGUUUGCCGGUUUGCCAUUCCUCCAUUUUGUCUCUCCUGGGCACAGUCUCAGGCUCAUGUUUCCUAAAUUAUUAUUUUAUUAUUUCACGCAUGCUAGUUAAAAAGUUAUGCACUACUAAAGAGCUGUUUGUCUCUUUCUUUUUCUUGGA